AUGUUCUUGAUUCAAAAAUUAAAAAUGGCGGAUUUUAAUGAGCCGGUUCAUUAGCCCCGAAAAGUAAAAGAAAUUUGGAAAUCUUAAACAAUAGGCUUUCACAUUUAUGCCUGGUGAGCCUAAAUAAUGUCCGAUUCCGAAGAGGAAGUGUGCUAUUACGGCAAGCCGUUGGAGCCCUACGAUGAAGACUCCUUCCCAAAGAAGCGCCCCAUUUCCGUUGAGGAGCAAGUGGCGAAGGAUGCGCAGGGACGUCGUCGAUUUCAUGGCGCCUUUACCGGAGGUUUCUCCGCGGGAUUUUACAAUACGGUCGGAUCCCUGGAGGGUUGGGCUCCUGCCGAAUUUAGAAGUUCGCGAAGCGAGAAGGCCGAAAGCCGCGUGCAGCGUCCCUCUGAUUUUAUGGACGACGAGGAUAUUGGCGAGUUCGGUAUCGCCCCGCAAGCCGUCAAGGCAACCGAUGAGUACGCCAAAACCAAAAAACGGAAAAAGCAAAUUUUUUCCGACGGUCCCAUUCCCGGUGAGCCGGUAUUGGACACUCUGCUGCAGGCGGGAAAUGAAACUGUCGGCUAUUUUCUGAUGAGGAACAUUAACCGGAAGAAUAGAGGGGUGGAUGACAAGUCGGGACCGAAGGUGUACGGAUGUGCUAUGCCGAAAGAUAUUGAGGAUGAACCUUCGCCCGUUGAAAACGACUUGCACCGAGUGUACACGGAGUAUUUGUCAAAACCGAAAAUCAACACGUACGGGUUGGGGUAUUUCGGGUUGAAUAAGACUCACGUUAACUUAUUUCAACCGGCUAAGCUAACCGUUCGCGAACGUAACAAUAAGAAGCUGUCGAUUGCGGGGCAGGCGUUCGGUGUGGGGGCGUUCGAGGACGAAGACGAAGAUAUAUACGUUAAGGACGACAUGAGCCAUUAUGACUUCGAGUUGACCGCGGAAACUAGUAAGGAAAAAGUGGCACAGUCGGAGAACCUCGUUUUCGGGGUGUUCGUAGUGGCAAAAACCGCCUCGAGCCCGGUUCAAAACUUCCCACCGCCCGUAAUUCCGGGAAGCUUCUCGGGGAGGCACAACAUUAAAAAAUCGAGGUUUGAGCCUGUCCUCGAGGAACCUAAAGCUCCCGAACGAAAAGAGAUGGAUGCCACGAUUCGUGCGAAAUAUCUAGGCGAGAAUUCCGCAAAAAGCCACACUCCAUCUGCUCCGGUAGUCGGACAAACUAAACCGAAGCCGGUGGAAGAGAAACAGCCGGUCAAAACGGUCGACAGUUCCUUAAUUUUCGACCGCUUUGUCUCGGCAAAGCAAGAGGAUGACGUCACGAACAUGCUGGAGCCGGUGAAGCCGACGGAGACAACGCACGGUACGUCCGAAAUGCACGCCGCCGUCAAAUUGAAAAUGUUCGGCCCGCUCACGCGUGUCACGUUAACGUGGCAGCCGAACGGUUUGCUGUGCAAGCGAUUUAACGUGCCGGAGCCAAAGCUCGAAGUUACGGAGACGAAUAAGAAGAGAACCAAAAAUCUCAUCUUCGAGUACCAGAAGCAAGUCGACCGGGAGGUCGACCACAAGCCGGGUUUGUCCGUGCAAAAUGUCAUCGAGACAAAACCCGAAAUCGCUCCCACUCUUGAAGUUGAGGUGCAGGCGGAGAAUGUCAUCCCGCCGACACCCGAGGUACAGAAACCGAUCGAUGAAACCGAACGCGUGGACGUGUCCAAAAAUGCGGACCUAUUCAAAGCGGUCUUCUUGAGCAGCGGUGAAUCCGAAUCUGAAGGGGAAGAGCGAGAUGACGAAAAAGAGAAGGAAAGGAACGAACAGUUGACUGCCAGUGUAGUGUCGGAACCGUUGGUCCCAAAAAUAAGGCCAAUAAAGGAAGGUAUACUGUCGAACAUUCAAUUUAAAAAAAGAGAGCCCGUUGAAAAUAAAAGUCGGGUGCCGGAAGCCAAUCCCGAUAUGUACGGACCUCAGUUGCCCGUUACGAAGGUAUCCGUGCAAAAUAACAUUAUGAGCGUGACCCAUAGUGAUGACGAAUGGGUCGAAAAGGAUGAAGUCGGUAAAGAAAAGAAGCACAAAAAGAAACAUAAGAAAGAAAAACAUAGGAAGAAGCAUAAGGAUAAGAGUAAGAAAUAAAUGUUUUUGUAUUA